AUGGAUGAGCUGGAUGAACUGGAUGAGCUGAAAAAGCUGGAUGAGCUGGAUGAGGUGGAUGAGGUGAAUGAGGUGGAUGAGCUGGAUGAGCUGGAUGAGAAAUAUGAGGUGGAUGAGCUGAAUGAGCUGGAUGACCUGGAUGAGUUGGAUGAGCUGGAUGAGGUGGAUAAGCUGGAUGAGCUGGAUGAGCUGGAUGAGCUGGAUGAGCUGGAUGAGAUGGAUGAGGUGGAUGAGCUGGAUGAGCUGGAUGAGCUGGAUGAGCUGGAUGAGCUGGAUGAAUUGGAUGAGGAUGAGCUGAAUGACCUGUAUGAGCUGGAUGAGCUGGAUGAGCUGGAUGAACUGUAUGAGUUGGAUGAACUGGAUGAGCUGGAUGAGCUGGAGACCAAGAAUAAAUGUACUGGCCCCUGGUUUAUGAGCCUGUAA